CUUUUUUCCCGCUUCUCAGAAAAAGAAAAAAAACAGUAAAUAUAAAUAGGAAUAUUCCACUUGUAAAUUGGAUGAAAAACAUCACUCCUGUUGUUAUCUUCAGAGAAUUUCAGAUUUUUAGUUUCUGAAGAGAAAAAAAAAUUCAGAUUUUUGUGGAGCUGAGAGUGUUAAAAGUAGUGGCGGGUGACAAUGACUAUCGGUGCCGUUGUUUCUAACCGGAAUUUCGGUUGUUUCAUCGGUUCUGGCAGAGAGCAGUGUACAGCACAUCACCAUGGAGAGCGAUUGGGGUUUGCUGCUUUGAAGUAUGUUCAGAGGAAUAUGUUAUAUAAUGAGCGGUGUCUCCCAAGAAGUGGCUUAUCGAACUCGGGUUGCAUAUAUAGGUCACAUGCCCAGUCUAUUGGACCUUUGGAUGAUAAAUCUUUCGGAUCAAAAUCACCAUUUUAUGUUGAAGGCUUUCACGCUAACCGGUUUAGUGGAAAGUAUCAUGUCAUCAAUCCUAAGCGAAGAACCAGAAGAUGGGAAUGCUAUCUUUCCUCUUCUGACUCGGGUAACAGUUGGAUUCAACCAAGGAAGCUGGAUAAACUUGGUUUCAUAGAUGGACAAAAGCAGCAGCUAAAGCAUGCUGCAAUAAAUAGAACUCAAGCCGACUACAAGUCUGAUGAGUAUGACAUAACUGGAGCUUUGGAGUCUCUUGUGUCAUCGGAAGGGGCAAGUGAAGCCAUUUUGGUGGAAAGCAUUGAGCAACCAAAACCUUGGUGGGAGCAAUUUCCAAGACGAUGGAUUGUUGUACUGCUGUGUUUUGCUGCAUUUUUGUUAUGCAACAUGGAUCGUGUAAACAUGAGCAUUGCAAUACUUCCGAUGUCAAAGGAAUUUAACUGGAACAGCGCUACAGUUGGUCUUAUCCAGUCUUCCUUCUUCUGGGGCUAUCUUCUCACUCAGAUUGUUGGAGGGAUAUGGGCGGAUAAACUUGGUGGGAAGGUUGUGCUCGGCUUCGGAGUUGUCUGGUGGUCGAUUGCAACUGUUUUAACUCCUUUUGCCGCCAGACUUGGACUUCCAUUCUUACUUGUCGUGCGUGCCUUAAUGGGCAUUGGAGAAGGUGUCGCAAUGCCUGCCAUGAAUAAUAUGCUCUCAAAGUGGAUUCCUGUCUCAGAAAGAAGCAGAUCUCUCGCUCUAGUGUAUAGUGGAAUGUAUCUUGGUUCUGUUACAGGAUUAGCUUUCUCUCCUAUUUUGAUCCAAAAGUUUGGAUGGCCAUCAGUGUUCUAUUCCUUUGGUUCCCUUGGAAGCAUCUGGUUUGCACUGUGGUUGACCAAGGCAUAUAGCACUCCGAAAGAUGAUCCAGGGCUUAGUGAGCAGGAAAAGAGGCUGAUCAUGGAUGGAAGCGUCUCUAAGGAACCUGUCACUAACAUCCCAUGGAAACUAAUUUUAUCAAAGGCACCUGUCUGGGCCCUCAUUAUCUCCCAUUUCUGUCAUAACUGGGGAACAUUUAUUCUACUGACAUGGAUGCCUACAUACUACAGUCAGGUUUUGAAGUUCAACCUCACUGAAUCAGGACUAUUCUGUGUAUUACCAUGGCUGACUAUGGCCAUAUUUGCAAAUUUAGGUGGUUGGAUUGCGGAUACACUUGUGAGCAAAGGAUUCUCCAUAACAUCAGUUCGUAAGAUUAUGCAAUCGAUUGGUUUUCUGGGCCCUGCUUUUUUUCUUACCCAAUUAAGCCAUGUCAAGACUCCUGCAUUCGCAGUGCUAUGCAUGGCGUGCAGUCAGGGAUCGGAUGCAUUCUCUCAGUCUGGCCUCUACUCUAAUCACCAAGACAUUGGACCACGUUACGCUGGAGUGUUGUUGGGAUUAUCUAAUACUGCUGGUGUGCUAGCUGGUGUCUUCGGUACAGCUGCAACUGGAUACAUACUACAAAAAGGGUCUUGGGAUGAUGUAUUUAAGGUGGCCGUUGUAUUAUACAUCAUAGGCACAUUGGUCUGGAAUUUCUUCUCAACCGGAGAGAGAAUCCUCGAGUAGAUAAUGAAAUUUGCACAAAGGAAGCCCAGUGAGAAAGUGCAAAUCCAUCCAAUACCUGGAAAUGAAUUUUACUACAAGCAUAAAAACCAGUUAAGAGAACAAGGUGAUAGUGCCCCCAGGUUUAUACCUAGAAGGUCCCCCUGCAACGAGGUCCUAAAACAAUUUUCAGAGUUGCCUUUGGAAAGUUACUCUUUAAAGGUGCUCUCUACUUGCAUAAAACUUUGGAUCAUGCUUAGUCAAUAGCUAUCUGAGUAAUUUGACCCUGUAAAUGUUAGUGUAUUUACUGGCAUGGACUUUCCAUAGAAAACCUUAUGUGAAGUCUGGAUAUUUCUUUA